CUGUGUAAAAUGCUUCACAACAUCAACUGAGCUAAAAGUUCAUCACCGAACACACACAGGAGAGAAGCCUUACUCCUGCUCUGACUGUGGAAAGAGUUUCUCUCACCUGGGCACCUUAAAACAACAUGAACGUAUACAUAUGGGUGAGAAGCCUUACUCCUGCUCUGACUGUGGAAAGAGUUUCUCUGUACUGGGCCGCUUAAAAACACAUGAACAUAUACAUACAGGAGAGAAGACUAACUCCUGCUCUGACUGUGAAAAAUGCUUCACAACAUCAACUGAGCUAAAAGUUCAUCAGAGAACACACACAGGAGACAAGCCUUACUCCUGCUCUGAUUGUGUAAAAUGCUUCACCACAUCAACUGGGCUAAAAGUUCAUCAGAGAACACACACAGGGGAGAAGCCUUACUCCUGCUCUGAUUGUGUAAAAUGCUUCACAACAUCAACUAGGCUAAAAGUUAAUCAGAGAACACACACAGGAGAGAAACCUUACUUCUGCUCUGACUGUGCGGUGAGUUUCUCUCUACUGGGCCACUUAAAACGACAUGCACGGAUACACACAGGAGAGAAGCCUUACUCCUGCUCUGACUGUGGAAAGAGUUUCUCUCUACUGUGCCACUUAAAACGACAUGAACGUAUACACACAGGAGAGAAGCCUUACUCCUGCUCUGACUGUGGAAAGAGUUUCUCUCUACUGGGCCACUUAAAAAGACACGAACAUGUACAUAAGGGAGAGAAGCCUUACUCCUGCUCUGACUGUGGAAAGAGUUUCUCUCGACUGGGCCGCUUAAAAACACAUGAACAUAUACACACAGGAGAGAAGCCUUACUCCUGCUCUGAUUGUGUAAAAUGCUUCACCACAUCAACUGGGCUAAAAGUUCAUCAGAGAACACACACAGGGGAGAAGCCUUACUCCUGCUCUGAUUGUGUAAAAUGCUUCACAACAUCAACUAGGCUAAAAGUUCAUCAGAGAACACACACAGGAGAGAAACCUUACUUCUGCUCUGACUGUGCGGUGAGUUUCUCUCUACUGGGCCACUUAAAACGACAUGCACGGAUACACACAGGAGAGAAGCCUUACUCCUGCUCUGACUGUGGAAAGAGUUUCUCUCUACUGUGCCACUUAAAACGACAUGAACGUAUACACACAGGAGAGAAGCCUUACUCCUGCUCUGACUGUGGAAAUAGUUUCUCUCUACUGGGCCACUUAAAAAGACACGAACAUGUACAUAAGGGAGAGAAGCCUUACUCCUGCUCUGACUGUGGAAAGAGUUUCUCUCGACUGGGCCGCUUAAAAACACAUGAACAUAUACAUACAGGAGAGAAGACUAACUCCUGCUCUGACUGUGAAAAAUGCUUCACAACAUCAACUGAGCUAAAAGUUCAUCAGAGAACACACACAGGAGAGAAGCCUUACUCCUGCUCUGAUUGUGUAAAAUGCUUCACCACAUCAACUGGGCUAAAAGUUCAUCAGAGAACACACACAGGGGAGAAGCCUUACUCCUGCUCUGAUUGUGUAAAAUGCUUCACAACAUCAACUGGGUUAAAAGUUCAUCAGAGAACACACACAAGUUAAGCUUUACUCCUUCUUUGACUAUGGGAAGAGUCUCAACUGAACGACUUAAAACAACAUGAACAUAUACACAGGAGAGAAGCUAUUCUCCUGCUCUGACUGUGGAAAGCUUUUCUCUCAAAUGGGCCAGUUAA